UUCAAUGGAUCUUUUGAUAUUGCCAAGUAUUGCACGUUCACACAACAGUACAGAGAGCUGCACAAUCUGGCUCAAAAAGUCACUCUUUCCUGCGUUUACUCACCGGAAUAUCCUUCCAAUUACGACCUGUCCCCGGGCAUGUUGAUUGUUUCAAUGAGUUGCAUCAUCUGAUGGAUAGAUAUAGGAGACUUCGAUGACAGUUUAAGGCUCAAACCGAUGAUGCUUCUGUUACCGAAAGCCAGAUUAUCACGGACAUAGCGCAACCAAAUUAAGUUAACGGUGCACAUUAGGUAUUUUUACUUUUUUUAAAUUUUAGUUUGUUCUGAAUACUAGUUACCACAUUUUCUGCCAGUCUGUUUGUUGACAGAUUUAUGCUGUUACAUUUGCUUUGCCUCGUAAUAGUACACUGUGUUCAUGGUGCCAGUACCUCCAUGGUCUCACCACAAUGAGUGUUUGAAGGUGUAGAUAUGUCAUCCUGGUCAUGGCCUUGAGCUGCAGUUGACAUGGGCAUGAUGUGAUGCUGAUUUGAUGGAGUAGGCCUAUUUUGGAAGAAUUUAUUGGAACUAACAACGAAACAACUCCAGUGGUACCCUGCCUUCAGUGAUUGUUCAGACUGAAUUCUGAAGUUGACAUCACAGUCCUGAUACACUUUUGCUCUCUGCUAUUCAACGGUUGUUUUGAACUUCAAGUUUAUCAACUGUAAGAACGCCACUUUGAUCUUUUGUAAUCUGCUCUCUUCUGUUCAGAGUCCCAGACCGACAAACUUAUAAAGAUGUGUGCUGCAAUCGUCACCAACUUCCUCCCAGACUCACCCAGCCAGGACAACCUCAAGUCCCCAACGUCCCCCGACAUGCCCGAGGGUGCCCAUCUGUUUGCACCCGAGAGCUGCGAUCUGACCAAUGGCGAGGUGGACCUUGUGAAUGGCUUGUCCAAAAAGAACAUACUAGUAAGUCCAAGUACGGAGAUGUUUGACCUUCUACAGAAGCAACUGAAGCAGAGAUUAGACGAUGGACAAGGGGAGACCAUCUACGAGAUUGGCCAGGCAGGUGAUGGGAAUGAGGGAGGCCUGAGUCGUGAGGAUUUGGAUGCCUCCAUUGCCACCCUGGACUGCCUGGCCAGGUCUCUAGAGGCUGAUACGGUCCUGCUCAGAGAGAGGCAGGUUGAGACAGGUCUGCUGGCCGACUUCCUGGUCAGAAAGAUGGCCGAUGAGCGGGACUUCGUUGAAGUGCGUGUUGCAGUUGUAGGGAAUGUGGAUGCAGGGAAGAGUACCCUUCUGGGUGUGUUAACCCAUGCAGAGCUGGAUAAUGGACGAGGACUGGCCCGGCAGAAGCUGUUCCGCCACAAGCAUGAGGUGGAGUCUGGCCGAACCAGCAGUGUGGGUAAUGACAUCCUUGGCUUUGACAGCAAGGGCAACAUUGUCAAUAAGCCUGACUCCCAUGGGGGCAACCUGGACUGGCUUAGAAUAUGUGAAAUGUCAUCUAAGGUCAUCACCUUCAUUGAUCUCGCUGGUCAUGAGAAGUACCUGAAGACGACAGUGUUUGGAAUGACGGGACAUGCACCGGACUUUGGAAUGCUCAUGGUGGGCAGUAAUGCAGGCAUAAUUGGCAUGACCAAGGAACACUUGGGCCUGGCCCUUGCCCUGAGUGUACCCGUCUUUGUUGUUGUCACCAAGAUCGACAUGUGCCCAUCCAAUGUCCUGCAGGAGACCAUGAAGCUUUUGCAGCGCAUCCUCAAGUCGCCGGGCUGCCGUAAAAUCCCAGUGCUUGUCAACAAUCAUGAUGAUGUUAUCAUGGCAGCCACCAACUUCAGCUCAGAAAGGGUGUGUCCAAUCUUUCAAGUCUCUAACGUCACUGGUGAGAACCUGCCCUUGCUGAAGAGUUUCCUCAAUCUGCUGUCUACCAGAAUGCAUUGCGACGUCACUGAACCAGCAGAGUUUCAGAUCGAUGAAACUUACUCAGUACCAGGGGUAGGAACUGUCGUGUCAGGAACAACCUUAAAGGGACUGAUCCGCCUCAACGACACGUUACUAUUAGGCCCUGACCCCCAAGGUAACUUCCAACCUGUUGUAGUCAAGAGCAUCCAUCGGAAGCGCAUGCCUGUACGGAUGGUCAAGGGAGGACAGACAGCAUCCUUUGCAUUGAAGAAGCAAAUCAAGCGCUCCCACAUCAGGAAGGGCAUGGUGAUGGUGUCCUCGCAAAGCAACCCAGAGGCAUGCUGGGAGUUUGAGGGGGAGAUUCUGGUGUUGCACCACCCAACGACGAUAAGCACCCGCUACCAAGCCAUGGUUCACGUUGGCAGCAUCCGGCAAACAGCCUCCAUUAUUUACAUGAGCAAGGAGCACCUGCGGACAGGAGAUAAAGCACAGGUUCGCUUCCGAUUCAUCAAGAAUCCAGAGUUCCUUCGAGCAGAUAGCCGCAUGGUGUUCAGGGAGGGUCGGACGAAGGCUGUGGGCCGCAUCACGAAGACCUACCCCCACGUCUCCCUGACCGUCAUGAAGAACAAGCAGAAGAUGGGUAAGGGGCGUGGCCAGGCGCCAGGCCCCAAACCCCCAGACAAUGUGCCAGGGAGGUACGGUGGGGGUCAAGGGUCAAAGGGCGGUCGCCGGAGCCGCCACAAGAAGGCACGGGAGACAGGGGAAGAGCCCGAUAACACCAGACACUCUGGAGCUGCAGCGUGCGUGUCUGCUUCCGGAACUGAAGUGUAGAAGUAGACAUGAUUCAGGCAACGUAGAAAAAUCGUAGCUGCUUUUGUUGUUUUUGUUUUUUCUUUUCCUUUUUUGUGGCAUAAACUUGAGUUUUGAACGGUUCCAUACAACUUUGUAAUAAUUUCAUCUGUUGUAAGCUUUUGAAUGUCAUACUUUAGUGCUGUGAAUUCACAGUUAACACUACAUGCCUGUUGGUAUUUUGUAAGAACUGAACACGCAGUGGAAAGUAUUUCUGUAUUGUCGCAAUAUUGCCAUCGCUUCUUUCUUUUCAUGCAGUUUGGAUUAGUGUUUGCGAUGUUGGUUUGUACUUGCCAAAAUUCAUUCCCAAAUCAUCCGUGUUAAUGCAGUCUCAUAAUUGUGCGACAUUUAGCUUUUUCAUACCAGUUUAGUCAGAGACAUAUUUGUACUAAAAUGAUAGGCAAGUGAGUAAGACAAUUAAAGAGCAUGGAGAAACCCCAAUUAUCACUUCAACCAACGUUUGAAUACUCAGAAUGUCUUGCUUUCAAAACCUUUGGGGUUUGAAUAAUUUAAAAAAAUUGUGAAGAGUCACUGCUAGUCUGUGAUUCUACGUUUCAAAAAAUUUCUGCGAAAGCAGUGGACACAAGUUUUUAUACUUGCCAGAACAAAAUAAUACAUACAAUAAAAUCUAAACAGGAUUGCAAUAUAACCGAAAGUUUGAUGUGAUAGAUUUUAAGCAUUUUUUAUCAGUCAUCUUUUUCUUGUUCUUUCUGUGAGCGUAACUUUUCCUUCAUUGUUCAUUAGAAGUUUAUCACUGUUUUGCAAACAGGUAGUAAAAAAGUAAAAUUCAGAUAUAAAUCAAACGUAGAUUACUUUUAUAUUCAUGGCACUGGUCUGCCUAAAUAGAUUGGUUUUCUAAAUCUAAAUGGUCAAUGGAUAUUGCAAAGAGUGCAAAGAGAAUAUUAAAUCAAAACUUUGUUGCGUUUUAAACCUCAUUUAGAAGAGGUGGGGGUUUGCAAAUCGCGAUUGCUGAGUGUAACACAUAAGAACAGGGGGAAGAUGGCUUUUUUAUUGUGUAAUUGGAAAGUGAUUAACUAGAAUAGCUUCGUGUGCAUGUUGCUCAGGUGAUGUGAUGUACAUGUGAAUUGGGAAGAGUAGUGGAGAUUCCUAACAUCUUGGCAAAGAGUGUCUGUCAGUAAUUUGAUGGCAGUUGGCAGUCAAGAUUUAGUUGCAUGGGACUAAUGAAAAGAAAGGGUAAUAUCUCAUGUGAAGCGGAGCAGUUCCUAGCACGACUGCCGUGCAAACAUAGCUGAGUGUGCUGCUCAAUCAGAAUUUCCAUGUUACGUCUGAAAGAGUCAUAGUAUCGUGACGGUACAGCAAAAUCAUUUGCCUGAUUUGAUUGAAACUGUGUGCGGGAAGUAAAUCUUUUUACUAUAAUUCUGUCACUGGGCAGCUGAGAUUUCAAGCAAGGGCGGGACAGGCUCUGAGGUUGUGAGAAGGUCUAAAAUGGCUCCUGUGGGAUUCAACCAGCAGUUGUAAAGCUGAAUUGAACCAUUUUCUGUUCCAUGGACGUUUUAUUAUGAAAAUGUCUAUUUUUAAAUGUAUUAAAGAAAGGCUUUCGGCAGUGUGUAACAUGGAGCUUAAAGUUCAUUGUUAAUGCAGUGUUACUUGUGACUAAUAAUCGAAUGCUUUGUACAUACUCUCAUUUUAGACCUGUUCCCCAUUUUAAGGUUCUGUCCAAGCAUUGGUUGUUCCCCUAUAUUGUUUUAAAAAUCACUGUUGGUAAAUUAGACAUAUAAAAUAAUAUACACAGUGGCAGUUUUCAUUAAAACAUUGGAAGAUGUUGACACUUCUUCCCGUAAUUUAAUAAAAACCGUAAUGACAUGUUCACCAACCGAAUAAAAUGAGUCAGAAAAUGA